UAGUACUAGCGCCACCUGCAGAGCAGAGCAGAGCAGACCCAACCAAUCAGUUGAUUGAGCGUUAGGUGGGGUGCGAUCGGUGUCUGCUCUGCAAGCCACCUACCGCGCUCGAUCCGCAGACGGCGCAGCUCUUCCGGUCUUCGGUCGAUAUCGCCGGUCGCCACAUCGUGUCAGGCGCCAUGGCUGAGCCGGCGGCGGCGGCUGCGGUGAGCACAAGGAAGCUGUACGGGUACGAGCUGUCGUCCAACUCGGUGCGCAUCGCGGCGCUGCUCAACGAGAAGGGGCUCGACUACGAGCUCGUCGUCGUCGACGACACCAAGGCGCCCGACUUCCUCGCCAUCAACCCCUUGGGCCAGGUCCCGGCGUUCCAGGACGGCGACGACAUCCUCUUCGAGUCUCGCGCCAUAAGUAGGUACAUCGCGGCCAAGUACCGGUCCUCGGGCACGGACCUGCUGCCGGCGACGCCGUCGGCGAAGCUGGAGGUGUGGCUGGAGGUGGAGUCGCACCACUUCUACCCGGCCGUGGCCGACCUGGUGUACGAGCUCCGCGUCAGACCCCGGCUGCCGAGCGGCGCGCCGCCCGACCCGGCCGUGGUGGACGGGCUCGCCCGCAAGGUGGCCGACGUGCUCGACGUCUACGACGCGCACCUCGCCGCCGGGAACAGGUACCUCGCCGGCGACGCGUUCACGCUCGCCGAUGUGAACCACAUGGCGCAGCUGUUCGUCAUGAGCCGGACGCCCCGGGCGGCGGAGCUGGUCGCGGCCAGGCCGCACGUGCAGGCGUGGUGGGACGACAUCUCCGCCCGCCCCGCCUGGAAGAAGACCGUGGCCGCGCUCCCCCUGCCGCCGGCUUGAGGGCGCCGGUGGCAGCCCCAGAAAUAAAGGUCUAUAAUGUUUUUAGCAGGAGCAGAUGAUCGAAUUCCCCAGGAAUGUUGUCGAUGUGAGUGACAUGCUGGUCUGACAUGAACAACUGAUCAUGGCCGGCUAUGAACGAGUAAUUCAAAUCCUUUGUUUGGCAAGGCAAUGCGAUGGCUUCUGCAUUAUGUCUGUAAAAUUCAUCAGGAAUUCCUGUACGCCAAUUUGUAAAAGAAAUUGUUUGACACGAGCAAAGCGAAUUAUGCCCAGUACUAGUGGGCAAGUUUA